UCCAAAAUAUAAAACUUGAAAAUAGCGUCACAUUUUCUUGUUAAAUAUCUCACUGUUGCUCCCUGUCAUCAUCUUGAUCUUGCUUUCUCACUUCGCUAAGAUUUUGUACUCUCCCUCCUUCUCCAACUCCUGAGUGACUGAGGCCUGAGAGCAAUUACUACUACAGACAAUGAGCUCAAGCAACUCUAAAUGCUCUGUUAAAGGCCUGGAGAAGAUAGAUGAGAAUGGUCCUAUUGAGUGGUCAGCAGUGUCUUGUGCCCCUCCUGAAACUCCAACUGAAUCCAUGGAGUUUCUGGCCAGAUCAUGGAGCCUCUCAGCCAUGGAGCUAUCCAAGGCACUGAAUAAUACCAAUAUCAUGGCUUCUACUGGUGUCCAGAUUCCAGUUUCCUGUCCUGCUGCUACCAAGGCUUCCCCUGCUUCAAAAGAUUCUGCAUUUAAUUCUAUUUGUCUGUCCUGUUGUUCUGAUGAUCGCUUGCAGUUAACUAAUGGGUGUAGCCCUCCAAUUUCAGCAAGAGGAAGUGAAGAAAUGAAGGAGUUAUUUUUACUUCAUCAGGCACUCAAUCCAGAAUUCCUUUCUGCUCAACACUUACUUCGAAAUGGGCUCUAUAGGAGCUUGUUAAAAGGGAAGACUAUGGGAAGGUGGCUGAAGGAUCAGAAGGAGAGGAAAAAGCAGGAAUUAAGGACCCAUAAUGCUCAAUUGCACGCAGCAGUAUCUGUGGCAGGUGUGGCUGCUGCGGUUGCUGCAGUUGCAGCUUCAACAGCAUCACCUGAUAUGCCAUUUUCCAACAACAAAGAUCCUCCAAGGAAUUCUUCUGCUAUUGCAUCUGCAGCAGCUUUAGUAGCUUCUCACUGUAUUGAAAUUGCCGAAGAUAUGGGAGCUGAUCACGGUCAAAUCUUAACGGCAGUUAACUCUGCAAUUAAUGCAAAGACCAAUGGAGACAUAAUGACUUUAACAGCCGGAGCAGCUACGGCCUUACGAGGAGCUGCUACUCUAAAAGCAAGGCUGCAAAAGGGGAUUGGAAGCUCAACAUUUCCAUUAGCGGAGGAAAGGUUUGAAGAAGGGAAAGAAGCAAACAUGUUAACAGCACUAGACUGCGUCUUCAGAGGCGGAGAACUUCUCAAACGUACAAGAAAAGGGGAUCUUCACUGGAAGCAAGUGUCCUUCGUUGUAAAUUCAAAUCUGCAGGUUGUAGCCAAAUUGAAAAGCAAGCAUAUGGGAGGAACGUUCAAGAAAAAGAAGAAAUGUAAGCAAAUUUUGAACCUACUGCUUACUUGUUAUCUUCCUACCACUCCCUGUCAACAAUGGUUAAGGUACGGACCUAAUGUGGCAGAUAUAGUCACUGGAGUGUGCAGUGAUAUGCCAGCCUGGCCUGAAAGGGAAAGGGAAGACGGGAUUGAGAGGAGAGCUUAUUUCGGAUUAAAAACAGCCGACAGGAUAAUAGAAUUUGAAUGUGCAAGUAAACAUGACAAACAGAUAUGGAUUGAGGGGAUCAAGUAUAUGUUGAAUUGCCGUGCCAAACUAACCUAGUCAAUAUGGUUUUUGAGCUUA